CACAAGAGGCUGUCACUUCUCUCGGUGCAGUGUAGUGUACUGAAAGGCCGCAACACACGAUCCAACAUGAUAUCUUCAGUCACACUCAACAAUGGAGCCAAGAUGCCUAUUGUGGGUAUCGGAACAUGGAGGGCAGACCAGGGAAAGGCCACUGAGGUUGUUAAGGUGGCGAUAAGAGCUGGUUACAGGCACAUCGAUGGUGCUCACGUGUACCAGAAUGAAAAAGAUGUCGGGGUUGGAAUUCGUGCCGUGAUUGAUGAAGGAUUGGUUAAGCGGGAGGAUCUAUUCAUUGUCAGCAAGUUGUGGUGCACCUGCCACCUUCCAUCUCUGGUGAGAGGAGCCUGUGAGAAGACGCUCAGUGACCUGAAACUGGACUACCUGGACCUUUACCUCAUGCAUUUCCCAAUGGGGGCCAAGCCAGGGGAUGAGUUUUUCCCAUUGGAUGAACUUGACAAGCUCAUUUCUGAUGGCAGCAACUUCUUGGACACUUGGGAGGCAAUGGAAGAGCUGGUGGAUGCUGGAUUGGUCAAGGCUAUCGGCAUCUCCAACUUCAACAAAGACCAGAUUGAAGCCAUACUCAACAAGCCAGGCCUCAAGUACAAGCCUGCCACCAACCAGAUCGAGUGCCACCCAUUCAUGACCCAGGAGAAGUUGAUCAACUACUGCCGCUCAAAGGGCAUCUCAGUGACCGCUUACAGCCCCCUGGGCUCCCCUGACAGACCCUGGGCUUCUUCUGAUGAUCCCUCUCUGCUGGAGGAACCGAGGAUCAAGGCAAUAGCCGACAAGUACAACAAGACUCCAGCACAGGUUCUCCUCCGGUUCCACAUCCAGAGGAACGUGAUCGUCGUAGCCAAGUCAGUGACGCCCCAUCGCAUCAAGGAAAAUUUUCAGUUGUUUGACUUUGAGUUGAGUGAAAACGACAUGAAGACCAUGAUGAGCUUCACCGAGAAGAGAGCAUUCUCACUAGAUUGGGCCUCAACACACAAAGACUUCCCUCUGAAUGCAGAAUAUUAGCUCAUCAGACAACAUGCUGCACCGUUUCUACAACUAUCAACUACUGAGCCUUUUUUUAUACAAAAUCUACAAGCUGCGAUAUUAAACUACAACCCAACUAAUGUGACAGAGCCUGAAUUAUUAUCUUAAUAAGUUUCUACGGAGUCAAUGCUCACUAUUGAAAUAAAUAAUUCAAUGAAAUGUCUUGAAAGAAAGUAGAUUGUGUGGAAUAAAAUGAUCUUUCGUGCAUACUGUUGAGGUGCACAGACAUCACUAUAAAUGCUAUGUAGUCACUGAAGCAGGCUGCUCGUAACAAAGUGAGAAUAAAAAGGGUUCGACAUCCAGCACAGAAUGCAAUCUACCGGCUAUGAACAAUAUAAUUAUGCAAGGAACAAUUUAAUGCGUUUCCACUACAGUAAAACUAAAUAGGCAUUGUAGAAAUUUUUGGGAAUAUGGCCCAACAUGAUGCACCAAUCAGACAAUAAAAUAGAAACCAGAAAGGUUUGGGGUCAGUGGGGUUAGCAAACUCAAAAUCCAGUAUUAACGCAGUGCUCGUAAUACUGAUUUAGGUAUUCUCUAGUCCCUUUUCUGUGCCCUCCCAGAACGAAACCCACUAGCUUGGUCCUCAGACCUUAGUCUUUGUCGGCAGCAUCGAUCUCCUCUCUUCCAGGAGGGUCAUACAUGUUCAUUGCCGAUUACACUUUCUCCUUGACACGCGGUAAUCUCACCUCUAAUCACUAUAGUAUACAACUCACAGGGUCAGUUGAGGACACCUUCGGCAUAUGAAACCAAAGAUAUAACUUCUGUCACGUUACUCAUCAUAUCUGGCAUACGCUCACUUUUAAACACUGUAUGAUAAUCAAAGCUACAUUAUUUUUGCCCCUGCGCUCUGAAACCCAUUAUUUCCGAUGGCUUGCGUGCCACCCCCUGGGUAAGUGUGUCCUGUGUGAAAGGCCCGUAAGGGUUUUCUGACCCCCGCGGUCACUA